AUGCCUGACCUGCAAGACUCAAUAUUGAUCAUUGGCGCUGGCACCUUUGGCCUGUCAGCGGCGUAUCACUUCACCCGUGCCGGGUACAAGUCCAUCACGAUUCUCGAGAAAGGAACAUCCGUUCCCUCGUCUCUCUCGGCGGGCAACGACGUCAACAAAAUUGUCCGCGCAGAAUAUGAAGACCCCUUCUAUACUGAGCUGGCCUUGCAGGCCAUGUCGGAAUGGGCCGACAACGAACUAUUCGCGCCGCACUACCACCAGACGGGGUACCUCUUAGCCAACUCAGCAGCAGCGCCGGAAAAGACGAAAAAGACCCUAGCUAAAUCUCUUGAGAGUAUCCGGGUGCAUCCAGCUUGGGCUGGUAGGAUCAACCCGAUCAAGAACAGAGAAGAUAUCGCCAAAUCUGCGCCGGCACUGGACGGGCCCAUGCAAGGAUGGGAAGGGUAUUUCAAUCAGUUCGCGGGUUAUGCGCAUGCCGCGAAUGCGCUCAAGGCAGUCUAUGAAUACAUCAAAGCCCAGGGAGUCGAGAUCCACACUGGGGAGAAUGUUGCGAGCCUCACGUAUGACGGGGACAAAUGCAUUGGCGCCCGCACGACUUCAGGCAAAGACUUCAAGGCAGCGACCACGAUUCUUAUGGUCGGGGCUUCGCUCGGAAACGUGCUCCCUUCCGUCGGCCGUCAAGUCACGGCAAAGGCAUGGAGUGUCUUGCACAUACAACUCCAGCCGGAGGAAGCAGCGCGCUUGAAGGGAAUACCGGUCACACACGCUCGGGACUUGGGUUUCUUCUUUGAGCCAGAACCCGGCACGGGCAUCCUCAAGCUUUCCCCAAGUGGUGGAGGCUACACCAAUUACUCGACGACGACAGGCCUGUCCACGCCUCCCGAGAAGAACGACUUCGUGCCCGAGGUUGACGUGCGUCGAAUUCGAAAGCUGCCCCAGGAGACCCUUCCGGGCCUGGCUGAUAGGCCUUUUGUCGACCAGCACAUCUGCUGGUGUGCCGAUACGGCGGACUCGGACUAUGUCAUCGAUGCUGUGCCUGGGAAGAAAGGCCUGUAUCUGGCGACAGGCGACUCGGGCCACGGCUUCAAGAUGCUUCCGGUGGUUGGACAAUGGAUCAAGGACUUGGUAGAGAAAGGAAAGCAAGAUAUCGUUCGGUGGAAGUGGAAGGAAGGCAGUGAUGCUGGUCAGAAUGUGAGCUGGCGUGCGGGUGAGGUAGUGGACCUGAAGGAUAUUUAG